GUAACAUCCUCCAAAGAGCAUAAAAGUGCGCCAGAAAGCAUCAAUUAAGCACCUCUUGUCUUUCUCCCCUUCACUUAAUAAUUAACACGACGACGACGAAAGCUCUUCAACAAACAAUUGAAGAUCACACAAACAAAACCACUUAAACAAAGGACACAGAAAUUUCAGAAGUUGAGGUAACCACAUAUAUAUACGACUAUAUAACUUUACAAUUGAUGCUUUUGGUGCAUUGAAGAUAAAAUAGUGUGCAUUUGACCGCUAUGGAUGAAGGGUAUGUUGAGGAUGUGACUAUGGUUAGUCGAGCAGAUGCUGUUCGAGCCCAAGGUAAAGAAAGUGAGAAUUUGGUAGAGAGCGGCAAUGUAUUGGAAGCACGACAGAAGGUUAUUCUUCGGGAGGGGGAUUUCCGGAGGAGUUCAAUCCAACAAUUUGUGGAUAUAUUAGGUGGAAAAGAUGUGAAUACUGAUGUGAACAUAGUAGAUAUGUCUCAAGACCCAUGUACGAGUUACAACAAAAGUGAGGAAGUCAGAGUUCAGGAGUUAACCCUGGGAGAUUACAAUACUGAUUUUAGUACGAUGAACGAGGGUGAGAUGAUGGAGACAAUCUCUCAUGAGUGGCAGCAUGGGAAUCAGCCAGGGAUCAGAUCUGAAGCUGAAAUUGCAUUCAAGCAUUUUACCGACAAGGAGGAAUAUCUCUCAACAUCAAGUGCUUCAAAGGACUCAAACACUUCCAAUGAAUUGGCUUUUCAAGGAUUCAAUCAAAGUGGGAAGUUAAUCCCGGGCCAGUCAACUUACAAUGAUAGUGACGCAGUCUUGCGACAUGCACUUGCUUCCGGGACUAUGAGAAUGAAGAUUAUAUCCAGAUCUACUGAAGGCCCAGAGUAUUUUAUCAAAAAUACCUUAAAGGGUAAGGGGGUCUUAUGUAGAGGUCCAGUUCCUGCUACUGUUGAAUCUAAGGGCCAGCAUAUUGUGAAAGCUGCUGGUGGUCCCCUAGUAGCUUCCAGUUCACCUGUAAAUACGGGACACAUUUCUGUUCUUCCAUCUAACUCUGCAAAUACUGCUUCUGGUAGUUGUGAAGCUGUUAAUGAUGGUAUAAAUUUUAGGGAGUGGAUGAGUUCAAGACAGAAGAAAUUGCUCAGAGUUGAUAGUUUGAAUUUAUUCAAGCAGAUUUUGGAUCUGGUGUAUUCUUGUCACUCAGAUGGCAAGGUCUUGGUGGACUUACGUCCUUCUUGGUUUAGGUUGUUGCCUUCCAAAGAGAUUGUGUAUCUUGGGCGCAUGUGUGCACAGAAUGAAAUGCAGGGGAGUGUUAUGCAUAAGGAUGUUCAGAAUUCACAGGCUCUGAAAAGACCAUUGGAGCAGGGUAUGUUACCCCAUUCUCAUUUAGGUGCAAAGCACCAUAAGUCCAUUGAUAAUGUGAAUUUUCUCAAGAUGAAGUCACAGUUUCAACUAGGAUAUGGCCCAAAACUAAUAACAAAUAGAAUUGAUGCCAAUCUUGCUGGUCCAGGAGAUUCUAAGACUUUAAGUAGGCCACAAUUGCUAUCUUCAGCGCAGCGUGCAUUUUCUUCAAAUGAACAGCAAGAAAUGAAAUGGUAUAGAAGUCCUGAGGAGCUCUUGGGCAGGGGUUGCACAUCUUCGUCAAAUAUCUAUAGUCUUGGGAUCUUCUUUUUUGAGUUACUUAGCAGUUUUGACUCUGGGAAAGUACAAGCUUCAGCAAUGUCUGAUAUGCGUCAUAGAAUUCUUCCACCCAAUUUUUUAUCGGAAAACCCAAAGGAAGCUGGGUUUUGCCUGUGGCUACUUCAUCCUGAACCUUCACUCAGGCCAACAGCCAGAGAUAUUUUACAAUCAGAAGUCGUGAGUGAAGUACACACAUUGUCUGGGGAUGACAAGUCGUCAUCUAUUCAGCAAGAUGAAGGUGAAUCUGAGUUGUUGUCCCACUUCCUUUUCUCUGUGAAAGAAGAGAAGCAAAAACAUGCCUCAAAAUUGGUGGAAGAUCUUGGGUGCAUAGAAUCGGAUAUUAAGGAACUGGAGAGGAGGCACCAAUUGAAGAAAUCCACGACCGUGACUUGCUCCGGAGACGAAAUGGUCAACGCAAGGGAGAGGGGUUUCCUUCAACAUCCAGAUGGUGGCGACUCAAGGUUCUUGAACAAUGUUGCUCAGCUUGAAAGGGCUUACUUUUCAGCACGCUCCCAAAUCCAUGUUUCUGUGAGUGAUCCUGUGGUUCGAACAGGCAGGGAUAUACUUCAAAAUCGAGAGAGUUGGUAUCCAGAUCCACAUGAUGAUGAAAAACAGAAACCAUUGGAUGAUCGCGGAGCCUUCUUUGAUGGUCUAUGCAAGUAUGCUCGUUACAGUAAACUGAAAGUUUGUGGAACUCUAAGGAAUAGGGAUAUUACGAACUCUACCAAUGUUGUUUGCUCUCUUAGUUUUGACCGAGAUGAGGACUACUUUGCCGCAGCUGGAGUAUCAAAAAAGAUAAAGAUUUUUGAUUAUCAGUCGCUUUAUGACACUUCUGUUGAUAUUCAUUAUCCAGUCAUUGAGAUGUCAAACAAAUCGAAGCUCAGUUGUGUUUGCUGGAACAAUUAUAUCAGAAAUUAUUUGGCUUCAACGGAUUACGAUGGUAUCGUCAAGUUGUGGGAUGCAAGUACCGGUCAAGAAUUUUCUCAGUAUACUGAACAUGAGAAAAGGGCAUGGUCUGUUGACUUUUCUCUGUUGGAUCCCAUGAAAUUGGUUAGUGGAAGUGAUGAUUGUUCUGUAAAGUUAUGGAGCAUCAGUGAGAGAAAUUGUUUGCAUACUAUCCGGAAUAUUGCAAAUGUGUGCUGCGUUCAGUUCUCUGCAUACUCAUCGCAUUUGCUGGCAUAUGGAUCUGCUGAUUAUAAGAUAUAUUGUUACGAUCUCCGCAAUGCUAGUGCUCCAUGGUGUAUAUUAGCCGGUCAUGAGAAAGCUGUCAGUUAUGUGAAGUUUGUUGAUUCUGGGACCCUUGUUUCUGCUUCCACUGACAACACACUGAAGCUUUGGGACCUUAGCAGAUCGGAUCCUGCUGGUUUGUCCAACAAUGCUUGUAGCUUAACACUCGGUGGGCAUAAGAAUGAGAAGAAUUUUGUGGGCUUGUCUGUUUCUGAAGGAUACAUAGCUUGUGGUUCAGAAUCCAAUGAGGUUUAUACUUAUUAUAAAUCUCUUCCUAUGCCAAUCACCUCUCACAAGUUUGGCUCGAUUGAUCCAAUAUCUGGAAAAGAGACCGACGAAAGCAAUGGGCAGUUCGUUUCUAGUGUGUGCUGGAAAGGGAAAUCUAAUGUGGUUGUUGCUGCCAACUCGAAUGGGUGCAUAAAAGUUUUAGAGAUGGUGUAAAGGAUUGUUUUCUACGAAAGCGAUCAAGGAUUUAUCAUUAUUUUGCCGUCCAAGUUAUAUUGUGGUGGACUUCCUGCUAGCUGCCGGUGGUGGAGGUUGACCUGAUAUGAUUAUGCACUUAUUUUAUUAAGGGUGUGCUUUGGAGUACGCCCAAGUGAGUACAUAAACCUGCGCAAUGCAGCUAUCAGGAUGGAGUAUUGGUGAACUUAUGCCGAGUUUAUCUGGGUGGUACCCAUCAAUCACAUUCUUCUUCAAUCAAUGGCUCGUUACCAAUUUGUUUCGGUUCAAGGGUGUGUUUGAUGGAUGAAUUGAAAUAUUGUCAUGAACUGCCCGCGUUUGAGAGAGAUGGCAAACAACAUCUUUCUAUAUUCCUCAUGAAUAAGUCUGAUGACUCAGCAGAUUUGUGGAAUUGAUUUUCUCGUCCGGUGGAUCUGAUCUAUAGUUAGGGGACAAUACAUACCAGUAGGUUCAAAGAAAGGAAGAUAAGAAAGCAGAAUUUUUUUAAAAAAGGAUUGAUUUGAGAUAUGUGGCCAAGCCAAGGUGAAAGGUCGGUCUAGGCUUCGGAAGCACAACAGAAACAGCCUAAAUCUUCCUCAUACCUCAGAAAGGAGCCAAAAAGCAUAAACUAGGCUAGGAACGACUCUCUUAGUAUGGCGAGUGUAUCAGACUGCAGUGACACAGUCGUCCGGAGCUCUUGAACCCGAAAAAAGGGAUGGAAUUCCCCUUACUCUAAGGAGUGAGUGAGUAUGAACUACCUAAUAGCUGCGUCAUAUACAAGUGAUCAUGGCCCGUAUCUGUGCUGGUUUACAACUAUUUCUGACUCGGAAUACUUAUACGCGAUAGUGUGGCCGAGAUCUGUAGGAUCAUAGAUUCAGAUACUGAAUAUAAAAGAGGAAGCUGCAUACUUCAUUUUGGAAGCUCGACUUGAAGAUGAAUGGAUCGAAUCUUGAGUAGGUUUUUGGUUACUCUUUAAUUUUUUGUGGCAAAAUAGCCAAGUUCUUUCGUCCUUCUUGGCGUUUAUGAAAAGGUACUUAUUCUUCUCAUUUUGAUGGUUGCAGUUAUCUUCAUUUCAUUCUUGCCUAACGUGUGCCAGCUUUCUUGUACCCAAUUUUGGUGUCACCUCUUGGGUCGUGAGAGAACGUUGGUGAUUUUGUUGGACAUAUGUUCUAGGUUAUCUUGCUCUGUAUCUUGGUUAUUCCUAUCUAGAGAUUGAAGAUGACGAUUAACACACUCCAGAAUCCGGAAUUUUGAACACUUAUCAACUUUGUAAUCAAGUUUUUGUUCUCAUGCUUAUCCUCAAGCAAAUAGUGGAGCAAAUUGGAUCUUGGAUAUAUAGUGGAUGCCUGUUGUUGAUGUUUCAAAGUGAUAUAGUAUAUGAAGUAUAAAUAUUUUUUUUA